CUUGCUUGCAUUGAGAGCAGCUCUUCAAAACUGCAUGGGUGCCACUGGAGUACACCUCACUUCUCUAACCGACUUGUGCCUCUGUUCAUCAUGAUAAACACCUUUCACACUAGCUACAAUCCUCCACCUCCACCGGUGCCUCCACGGGCAGGAUACAACAGACCCCGGCCAGCGGGCAACACAUCUUUAGUCAAGUUUUUGUCAGUGAUGCUGCUGCUGUUAAUGAUACUGACCUUCGGAGGCUUCCUCUACCUGUUCCAGAAACUCAACGUGCAGCUCCAGGACAGUUAUCAUGAAGACUUCAUCCUAAAGAGACUACAGGAAUGUGCGGACAGCAGUAUGGGAGAAGAAUCAAUGACAGAAUGUGGCAAACUGAUGGAAAGAUAUAAAACUGUCAUAGAAAAGGUUUCACAAGCAAAUGAAAAAUUGUCGAAGUUAACUGGAGGGGGGGCACACUUUAUUGGACCAGCUGCACACAUGGUUGCUCUGACUGUGCCCAAAGAUAAGACUUCUGACUUCUUGAAGACAAGCAGUCUUGUUUGGGAUAAAGAUCACUCACUGCUGCAGGACGUUAAGAUCAGCAAAGAACGGGACAAGUUGACCAUUCAGUAUCCCGGAAUCUAUUUCAUCUAUUCCCAGGUCACCUUCUCCAGAAAUAAUCCUUCAUCUUCAUUAAAGCAGUCCAUAAGGAGCACAGUGCCUAAGAAAGAGCAAGGCAAGGAGCUACUCAAGUCCUUUUGCACUUUGAAACCAGGCACAUCAAAUAUGUGUACAGCUUCUGUGACAGGGGUGUUCCAUCUAGAGAAAGACCAACAGAUCUCUGUUACAGUAACAAACACAUCCUUGGUAAACCGGGACUCCUGCAGCUUUGGAUUAUUCAAAUUGCGGUAAAGAACACUCUGGAACUGGAUCAUGGCACUCUAAUUAAAUGGAUAAUUAUAAAUUAUGCCAUACAUCUCCAGGGAAAUACAUUGCACCAUCUCUUCUCCUUGAGUCCAAACCACAAUCAAAAUUCAGGACACACAAGGAAGUC